AUGGAUACACGCGGGCUUUACACCCUUGGUGUCUCACUUGCUCGUAUUGACUAUCAGCCCGACGGCCUUAACCCACCCCACACUCACCCACGCGCCUCCGAAAUCAUCUUUGUUCUUGACGGCGAACUCGAUGUGGGAUUCAUCACUACAGCAAACAAGUUGAUCUCCAAAUCCAUAAAAAAAAGGCGACAUUUUUGUGUUCCCGAGGGUUUGGUUCAUUACCAAAAGAACAAUGGUGUAAAACCAGCUUCCGUGAUUGCAGGAUUUAAUAGUCAAUUCCCCGGAACUCAAUCCAUUGCCACAACAUUGUUUACUUCAACACCAUAG